UCAUGUUUGUCAAAAUCGUAUGUUUUUUUAGAAAAAAGUAAUACAUAAAAUCUAAAAUAAAUACAUGGAAUGAAAGAAGUUUAAAUUAAUCAAAUAAAUAUAUAAAUCGUGAUUUAUUAAGUACGUGACGUAAUGAAACAAAUACAUGAGUAACUAAAUAAAUCGUUUCAUGAAAUUGUAUUACCAAAUUUGUAAACAUAUGCUUUACGAUUAACACAAAGCCUUUUUACUGGAACAUAUUUAAAAGAAGUAAUCGAAGACAUGAAUGUGUAGAAGUGAAACCUUGGUUUGAACCGUCGUAUCCAGUGCAUAGAAACCAAUCACAACAAAACCGAAUAUUUCAGCGGCAAAAACAAAAAGGAGGAAUUAACAAUAACACUGGUUUACUGUGAAAUUCAACCAUCGAGAUGGCCACUGGUGAUCUGAAAGGAUGUCUGAGAAAGCUGGAAGCGUCUCUCCGUUCUCUGAAGUAUCCCAAGGAAGUGGACUAUCAAAGAUUGGCUGUGGGAGAUCCAUCAGCUUGUCUUCCUAUUGUGAGCUUUGCCUUCACGUCCUUUUCGCCCUUACUCACAGAGCAUCUGGUUGAUUAUGGCGUGGAACUAACCGGAAUGAAUGAUUUACGAUUUAUUGAGAAUGUUUACAAGAUCUUGCGGGAUGUUUUUAGCUACAAGCCACUGCUGACCAAACAGCAGUUCCUUCAGUUUGGCUUUGCCGAGAGGAAAGUCAUCAUUCUCUGUGAUAUCAUUGGCCUUGUUCUCAACAAACACAAAGAACUCACUAAAGAAAGCAAGUUUGUCUUACAGCAUGUCAGUAAGCCAAAGAGAAGGCCUCAGUUCAAGAGCUGCAGUAAAAAUGAGAUUGCUUCUGCUGAGAGUAACUCAAUAAGCUUAACAGCCCUGACAGUUCCUCAGAAGCAGCCGCUGGUAGAAAGGCAUCUUGGCACCAACUCAGCACCAGCUCAGAUCAGAUAUUCAUCAGAUGAGCAGCCACAGCAGGAACAGGAAACAGAAAAGAAGGACUUAGAGAGUGCGUGUUUUGAUGACUCGCCUCAACCCACCGAUUCCAUUGAGUGUAUUUUAGAGAGCCGGCUGAGGGGCGUAGAAGCACGUCUUCUGGAGAGUGUUGGCAGACUUGAGCAGCGAUUGGCUCUUAUGGAACACAGAAUACAUGCUCUGGAAAAAAGCUUGGCUGGCAAGAUUAUCAUCGAGAGCAACCAGUGGGAGAACUUGGAGAGUCGCGUGCUGCUGCUGGAGACCAGGCUGACACUGACCUCAGCACAGGGUCUAACUUCAGAAGAGUGUGUCCUCAGGACAGACAAUGGAGGAUUCAAAGAGGACACAGUGCCUGCAAGUGGCUUUUCUACUGUGAAUCUGUCACCGUCUGACAUCAGUGAUAAUGGACACGCUACAGCCAGUUCUCCUCCAACAGCUCCCCAGAAUUUUAAAGAAAGACUGGACAGAAUUGUUUAUAUGUAAGUGUUAUGCUUAUAUAAAUGAUGAAGGAUACAUCUAACAUUCUGCAAAACAUAGAACCGACAAUAUCAAUUUGAUCUGAGUCCAGAGAAACUUAUUUAAAAGGAAUAAAAGUUCUGUCAUUAUUUUCUCACCCUUUUGUUCCAAAAUUAUUGUGAUGAGCACUUUUGUGAUAAACACCAAAACUGUGGUUGAACAGUAUUUCAAUAUGCCUUUCAACUGAUUCUGCAGUUGUAUUAACAUAAUAGGAAGAAGUGCUUUGUCCUCUAGAUGUCACUGCUACCCAAGUAAAACCUAGUGGUAAAUUAGUUCUUGGCGCCCUCUGAAGUCAGUUUUCUGUAUUGCACUUUGUCCUGAAAGCAACAUCAA